UGGUAUGCGAUUGCAUAUAAAUCAUUGGCAGCUAAUCAAGCGGAUGGUCGCAAUGCUGCAAUAUUACAAAGAAAAAUUGCUCUAUGUCAUCUUGAAGACCAUGCGUUAGCCGAUGCAACUGAAGCCAUUCGCCAGGCCCAAUUACAUGAACAUAAUUCGGCCGCAAAUUUUUAUAUAUUAUUCCAUAUCGCAAUGGAAAAGCGACAAAUUGUUCAAGCCAUUCAACACUUGCAUGAAAUGUGUAAAGGGGAUGAAUUUCACGGAAAUAUGCUCACAAUGGCCGCUCACGAGGCUUAUCAGAAAGGAAAUAAGGCAGUUCUUAUCGAAGCUUUGAAGGAAAUUCUGGAAAAACACGAAAAAGGUGAAGACAUUGCUAACGUGGAUAUAUUUGUUUUGCUUAGGGCUUCGCUUAAAGAUUGUAUAUGUGGAUAUUUCGAAAUUGCUUUAAACCUCAUUAAAUCAACCGAGAACAACGAAGACAAGCGAGAUGACUCUAUACAACAAAAAAGAGCGCUAUUAAAAGAUUUGGAAUGGUUUUUCAAAACAGCAUGGAAUAUGGGUUUAGAGUUUUGUCAACAAGCAAAAGAAAGCAGUGAUAUGUUUUCCAUUCAAUUAUUUGAUAUCGCUUAUAAGUUUCUAAAUAAAUAUCCCGAAGAGACACUAGAACACAUUAAUCGUAAGAGACUUUGUAUUUUCACCUCCCUGUGUGGUAAAUUAUUUCUUUCUCGGCAGCAAAAUUCGAUAUCCCAAAAGAGAGAUCUAUUGCAACAAACACUUGCAAGCAUUGAACAAUACAAAAAGUUAAAAAAGACUUUGGGUAAAAGAAAGCGAUCUACAUUGGAUGAUGUUCAGGAAAAUAAAUCCACUGCACAGAGUGAUAUGAUUUUAAUAAUUUUAUUCGAAUUUGAAGCUAAAAUAAAACUGGGAUUAUGGAAUGAAUUGCUAACAGCUGCUGAAGCAUAUGAUUUUGAGGUACCUUCAAAAAUAUUCGAACGUAUGGCAGAGUUAUUGAUUAAUGAAAACAAAUGUCCGAGUACAGUAAUAUUUUCUACACUACAGGUUCUGUUGAAUUCCAUAACUAAACGGAAACAAGUUGAUAUUGAACAAUUUUCAAGAUGGUUCCGAAUGUUGAUUAUAACUUCUAUGGCAAAAGAUAAACAGGCAUCUGCACAAUAUUUCGACCAAGCUUUAGAUAUAUUAAAUCAGGAAU